AUGCCUUUUGCCGGCAUGAAGGUUUCUCAGCUGAUGCUGGCCGUGGUGCUGUUCGGUUCUGGGGAACGGCUGGCCACGCUCAUGGCGGAUACAUCCUCGGUUCUGCGACAGCGCCCUGGUUGGGGGGCCGGGGCUGGGCUGGAGAUGCAGGCAAAGCUGACCGCAGUGACCCAGCACAAUGGCCGAAGGCUGGUCAGCAAGAGCUACUUGCCAGAGGCCUGUGGAAGGCUGGCCCAAAGGACUGGCCGCUGGAUGUCCAGCACCACUCCCGUUUGGAUGGAGGGAGGCACAUCCUACCUGGAGCUAGUGGGCAACGACCGCUUCCGGCUUGCUUAUGCCGCACAUGUGGUUGAGCGCGUCCCAGACCUCGUGACACUUCUGAACGAUGUCGCCUCCAUCCUUGCUCCCGGCGGGGAGUUGAGGCUUGCCGUCCUGGACAAGCGUUACUGCUUCGAUUUCCGGCGCAGGAUGCGCAGGUGCACCGUUGGCAUCCCUGCCUCCUUCGUGGAGCGUAUCUCGGCGUGGCCGGCUGGCGACUUGGGCUGUGCCGUGUGGCUGGGUGAGACUUGGUGCGCGCCAGCGCGGCCCAAGCGACGGACCUGCCACGGCGGGACCCUCAAGAGCUGCCAAUGCAGGACAGGCUCAGCAUUUCAAGGAACCCGGCUGCUGCAGAUUGUAGCAGUUAGGCGCAGCCGAUCCUGCUUGCUCGCCGCGGCUUGCGCGGUGCUGGCGCUGGCCCCGCUGCGAAGCGUGGCAUGGUUGUCGCCAGCAGCAUGCCGGCGGCAGCUGUUUACUGGCUUGGGGUUGGGCUUGCUGCCCAACCUGCCGGCCCUGGCCGAGGAGCAGGUUCCUCUUGGCUCGAUCCCCGUGGACAUGGUGGCCACUGCUGUGGGGGAAAAGGUGACCACCCCCAACGGGGUGAUCUACGAGCCCCUGGAGAUGGGCACAUCUGAAGGUGGCCUUCGAAAUGGGCCACCGCGGGGCGGGGCGAACGUGGUGCUCAGGUACAAGGCGCACAUUGACGGCUUUGACGGGCCAGUUUUUGACUCCUCGGAGCUGCGUGGCUCGCGGAAGCCCAACAAAAUUGACGCCGUCGAGUGCCGCUUGAACGUGGACUGGGGGGGGGAAGACCUGGGCAAGGAAACAGGAGGCGCGCAAGGAGUCCAGGAGCUGCUUUUGUUGAUGCAGGGAGCUGGCAAUGGGAUCGGG